AUGGAUGAACCGACCGCAAGUACUGCCAACGAUGCUGGUGAUGAGGGCGACAAGGCAAGGUUGAUGCAAGAAGUGCAACGCUUGAAGGGCUAUCUACAAGAUGCAAGCACGGCGAAAGAGACCGUCAUUUCGACGUUAGACCAACUCCAAAAGCUUGGAAGCUUGUCCAUAAGAGUCUUGGGAGAAACCAUGGUGGGCCGUGCUGUGCACGACGUAGGGCGGGAUGCCGUAGAUCCCGAGAUUCGAAAGAGGGCCAGAAGCCUUGAAGCUUUUUGGAGGAACGAGUAUAAGAAGCGAAAGUCAACGUCGGUUGGCGACGACUUGCUCUUAAAGCGUCGUCUCAGUUCCGACGUGUCGGAGGUGACGGCCACUCCUACAUCUCAAGAGCUCGACUCUGCCAAAGAUGCAGGAUCAGCGUUUGCUGGCUCUGAGUCGGGCGUUGCAGAGGCACCUCGAGCACUGGAUCGCGCAAACUCCACUUUGUCUUCUUCAUCCCAGGUGGGAGACAAGAAGGACGAUGCCUACAGGGAGAAGGUGCGGAUGAAGCUAAUCGAAGCUUUGGGUAAAGAAGAGGAGAUCGAAGCCAAGGGCGGCGAGUCCCAGAAGACUUCGACGAUGCGGGACCCUGUGAAGCUGGCAGAAGAGAUCGAGGAGGAGCUCCAUAAGGUGUGGCCCGCCAAGAAGGAUGCCUACAUGAACCAGGCCCGGUCGAUCCUCUUCAACCUCAAGGAUGCCAAGAAUCCCACUUUCAGGUUCAAAGUGGUCGUGGGCUUCUUUCAGCCGAAAGACCUUCCGAAGCUGACUGCAGAGGAUAUGGCGAGCGACGAGAAGAAUGCCGAGCGAGCUAAGCAGAGGCAGUACGCGAUGGAGGCCUUGGACCAGGGCUGGGCCUUGAAGAACGGACAGCAACUGACCACCGGCAUGUUCACCUGUGGCAAGUGCAAGGGCAACAAGACAACAUAUUUCCAAAUGCAGACAAGAUCAUCAGACGAGCCGAUGACAACCUUUGUCACAUGUUUGACUUGUGGCAACCGCUGGAAAUUCUGCUGA